AUGUUUUCCUCCGGGUCACUUUUCCUUCAUGUGGUUCAAGAACGGAGAGGAAGUUCAGGGAGAAACUUCUUAUUCUUACAGAAAUCCUGUUUCUCCUGAAGACACUUACUCCUGUUCUUAUGAGGGUCAGCGCUCAUCUGAAGUCUAUGCUCCAAAGUCUGUUUCUGUAUCCAUGAAUCUCACUGAGAUCCUGGAGGACAGUUCAGUGACUCUGACCUGCAGCAGUGAUGCUAACCCAGCAGUUAAAUACACCUGGUUCAAAGACAACCAAGGUUUACUCUCUGGAGGUCCAUAUCUGAUCCUCCUGUCCGUCCAUCGCUCUGACUCUGGAAAAUAUCACUGUGUAGCUGAGAAUGAACUCGGGAAAACAGCAUCUGAAUAUGUCUCCAUAAAUGUGGAAUAUCCUCCAAAAACCUCCAAUGUUUCAGUGAAUGUCUCUGGUAAAAUCCUGGAGGGCAGUUCAGUGACUCUGACCUGCAGCAGUGAUGCUAACCCAGCAGCUAACUACACCUGGUUCAAGAAGGAUGAAGACUCACCAAAAGCAUCUGGACCAAACUGGACCAUCAGUGACUUCAGAGCUGAACUCAGUGGAGUUUAUUACUGUGAAGCAGAGAACAGAAGAGGAAGAAUUCAGUCCAGUUUACAUCUGAUUGAAACAGAAACAGGUUCACGGAAAUCAGCAGCAGCUGCAACGAUCACAUUUGCUGUUUUACUUUUUGUCUUUAUCCCUAUCUUCCUUUGGAUCAGAAAGAACAGAUGUGUUACAAAGCAGAAGGAGAGACCUGCCAACAGAACUCAGGUCAACAUGAGUCCAGACAUCAACGGUCCAUCAGCAGAAGCAGCAGAAGAGCAGCUGGAGCUUCAUUACAGCAGCAUCAAUUUCUCCAACAUCAGGAGGAACCACAAACCCAGACAGAGUCCAGAGGACAACACGGUGGAAUAUUCUGCAGUUGUAUUCAAGAAAUCUGCUGAAGAUAAAAAAACACCAGGAUCUGAAAGUUCAGAGGAUGUUGCUCUUUACAGCACCGUCAACAAAUGUCUUCAGAGCAAAACUGAACUCUCUUCCUGAUAAAAGAAAAUCAGAUUAAUCUUCACCUUCAGCCGUUAUUGUUGAGCUCGUCGGGAU